UAUUAUCUAUUCAACAGAUCAAAUAAUUUGAGGGAAAAAGAAAGAGAAGCUAUAAUGUUGAAGGAAGCCCGAACAACCCGCCAUUAACGCCGAUCAGUGUACCGAAGAAGAGAACUUUCACCGUUCAUCGGAUCCUUCUUGGCUCCGGGCCGAAUUAGAUCGGAUCUAAUUUCCUAUAUUUGAAUUUCGCAUUGCUACCCAUUGGUAACUGUAUACAUCUACUUGUACUGAUAUGAUUGACCUCGAUUAAUCUGGACGCCUCCCAAUCAAGUGAUAAAGAUUCAAUCUUUAUGUGAAAUUGAUUUGUUUUGGAAAUUCACAAACGUGAAUUGCUUUCUUGGUUAAUUGCCUGAGCUAGGGUUUCUUGGGAGAAGGGUGUUAGAUCUCUAGCUGAGUUUUGGGGAAAAAAUCAGGCAUUUAUUAAUUAUUUUGGGGUGUUUGUGGACGCAAUUUGUGUUUUUAAGUGUGUAUGAGGAUUUGGCCCUGCUUGUGUUUCGGCAACGAAGAAGAAGAAGAGGUUAGGGCAAAAAGUAAAGGUAUUCAAGAGGACAUAUCUGGGACUGAAAGUGAGAGAAUGGAGAAUGAUGAAUCUCAAAAAUUUAGAAUAAGGUUUCCGCGGGAAGGGCAGCUGGAUGAAGGAGCAGAAUUACAGUCAACAGCUGUUGUGGACAGUGCUUAUCAAAACGAGGGGCUUCAUGAUAUAGCAUUUGGUAGCUGUCAGUUUGAGGCUGGGAAUAUGAGUUUGCAAAGUUAUCAUCAUCUGGCUUCAAGUAGUAGUAGUAGUAGCGGGCCUAAUACAAUGGGUGUUAAUUUAAAUUUGAGCUUGAGUGAAGAUCCUCCAUCCUCGACAGCAUUGAAGCAAGACAAAUGUGAUUCUCACAAUAAAAGGCCCAAAGUUCAGUCCUUUUCACUGGAUUGGGAUAGUCACUUUUUGGAAGAGUUUUGUUAUAGUUGUCCUGUCUAUGAUGGGAGUGAUGAGAAUCCAUCCAUGUUUGCUCUGGUUGAUGACCAAAGAAAAGAUGGCAGUCCAACAGAGGAUUUAGAAGUUCAGAUGGAUCUUACUGAUGACUUAUUGCACUUGGUCUUUUCAUUCUUGGGCCACAUUGAUCUUUGUCGAGCUGCAAGGGUUUGCAGGCAAUGGAGGGUAUCCAGCUCUCAUGAAGAUUUUUGGCGUCACCUGGAUUUUGGAAACAGGAUCAUAUCUCUAGACCAACUUGAAGACAUGUGUCAUCGCUAUCCGAAUGCCACUGCAGUGAAUGUUUAUGGUGCAGGCGCACAUGCUAUUCACUCAAUUGCAAUGAAAGCAGUUUAUUCUUUAAGAAAUCUUGAGGCUCUAACCUUGAGUAGAGGUCAAAUUGGAGAAACAUUUUUUCAAGCCCUAGCUGACUGCCAUGUGUUGAAGACCUUAGCCAUUACUGAUUCCAUUCUUGGGAAUGGUAUUCAUGAAAUACCUAUUUACCAUGAUAGAUUGUGUAGCCUUCAGCUUGUCAAGUGCCGAGUAGUCCGAGUUACUCUCAGGUGUCCCCUGCUUGAGACUUUGUCCCUAAAACAGAGUACUAUGCCACAUGCUGUGAUAACCUGCCCACUUUUACGUGUCCUUGAUAUAGCUUCAUGUCAAAAGCUUUCAGAUGCUGCAAUUCGUUCAGCAGCAACCUCAUGUUCACUCUUAGAAUCCUUGGAUAUGUCAGGCUGUUUAUGUGCUAGUGAUGACACACUUCGUGAAAUAUCUACCACAUGCCCGAAUCUCUAUGUCCUUGAUGCUUCAUACUGCCCAAACAUCUCGCUCGAGUCUGUUAGGCUCAGAUCAAUAAAGGUGCUUAAGCUUCAUGGUUGUGAUGGAAUUACAUCAGCUUCAAUGGCUGCAAUAGCUUUCAGCUAUACUUUAGAGGUUCUGGAGCUUGAUAACUGUAACUUAUUAACAUUAUUGUCUUUGGAUCUUCAUCGGCUACAGAAAAUAAGGAUUGCACAUUGCUGCAAACUUGCUGAUUUUAACAUACGAAGUGACAUGCUAUCAUCAAUAGCCAUUUCUAGUUGUCCUUUGCUCCAGCGAAUCAGCAUCAUAGCAAACUCUCUCAAGAAACUGGUGCUGCAAAAACAAGAAUGCUUAACCACCUUAGCAUUGCAAUGUCCCAGUUUGCAAGAAGUAGACCUUACUGAGUGUGAAUGUUUGACAAAUUCUGUUUGUGAAGUUUUCAGAGAUGAUGGUGGCUGCCCUAAGCUAAAAUCAUUGGUUCUAGAUAAUUGUGAGAGCUUGACAGCAAUUGAAUUUUCAUGUACUAAAUUGAUCGCUCUUUCCCUAGCUGGUUGCCGUGGUUUAAGAUCUCUUAAACUUAAAUGCCCUUAUCUUCAGCAUGUAUCAUUAGAUGGUUGUGACCAUCUCGAAAGAGCUUCCUUUCGUCCUGUUGGUAUUAGGUCUCUUAACCUUGGAAUAUGCCCCAAAUUGAGUGUGCUGCAUAUUGAAGCCCCACAAAUGACAUCUCUUGAGCUGAAGGGCUGUGGUGUACUCUCUGAAGCAUCAAUUAAUUGCCCACUCCUGACCGCUUUAGAUGCUUCAUUUUGCAGCCAACUUAAGGAUGACUGUUUGUCUGCAACAACGACAUUGUGCCCUCUCAUCAAGUCAUUGGUAUUGAUGUCAUGUCCAUCGGUUGGCUCUGAUGGACUAUUGUCUUUACGUGGGCUUCCAGAUUUGACCUACCUUGACCUUUCAUACACCUUUUUGGUCAAUUUGCAGCCUGUUUAUGAUUCCUGCUUGCAGUUGAAGGUAUUAAAAUUGCAAGCAUGCAAGUACCUUAGCGAUACAUCGUUGGAGCCUCUUUACAAAGAAAAUGCUCUUCCGUCUCUUAUCGAGUUGGACUUAUCUUAUGGGACACUCUGCCAGUCUGCCAUUGAGGAAUUGCUUGCUUUUUGUUCACAUCUAACCCAUGUCAGCUUGAAUGGGUGUAUGAAUAUGCAUGAUUUGGAUUGGGGUGGAAAUGGAACCUCUCAAAUGGACUCAACGUUUUCGCCAGCCUUAUGUGACAUCCACUUUUCAGACAAACGCCCAGCAAAUCGUUUUCUGCAGAACCUCAAUUGUGUUGGUUGUCCUAACAUCAAGAAGGUGAUGAUUCCCAUGACACGGUGCUUCCUUCUAUCAUCACUAAAUCUAUCCCUUUCUGCAAAUUUGAAGGAAGUAAAUGUUGCAUGUUCCAACUUGUCUUCUCUCAAUUUAAGCAACUGUUGUGCCCUGGAAAUCUUGAAACUUGAGUGUCCCAGAUUGAGCAACCUAUUUCUUCAGUCGUGCAACAUUGAUGAGGAAGCAGUGGAAGCUGCCAUAUUCGGGUGUACCUUGCUAGAGACACUCGAUGUCCGCUUUUGUCCAAAGAUAUGCCCAUUGAGCAUAGGCAAGUUACGAGCUGCGUACCCAUGUUUGAAGCGCAUCUACAGCAGCCUGGCUCCUGCUUGAUGCUCUCCAUGUCUACCUCUCUGGUUCAUGCCUUAGUCGAUUUCCAGUUCUCCCAUAUGUUUGUGCAAUUGUGAAAGAGAUCCAAGGUGUGUUCUGUUCAUCAUGUAACUGCACAUUGUUGUGUUUAAAGAAUAAUACAGUAGUAAUAGUAAUAAUAACAAUAAUAAUAAUUAUAGUGCCUCAUGCCUGUUUAUCAAAUUCGAAUAAUACCGUAGUAUAUGCCAAUACGAGUAUUAUUACUCUGCAACUUUUUGAUUCUUUAAGAACCAAACCAUUUGUAGUGUAUAUAUAUGUAAGUUUCUUGUAGUCUGAGAAUAAUUAUUGAAAUAUGAA